GUAUAAUAGAACAAAAAAAAUCAAUGACUUAUAAGAAGCUUCCUCUGUUAGGGUUAGGGUUUCUUCUGUUCCUCGGCCUUGUCAUCGGCUCAGCUCCGACCACCUUGGCAGAGGAUCCUCUCUGUCCCAAGACCGAAACAUUUAGCCGCGCAAGCUUUCCUAAAGGCCUGAUCUUUGGUACUGGCGUUGCUUCUUAUCAGGUUGAAGGCGCAGUCAAUGAAGGUUGUAAAGGUCCGAGCAUGUGGGACGUCUAUGUCAAGAAAUUCCCACAGAGAUGCAAUAACGAAAACGGCGACGUUGCUGUCGAUUUCUACCAUCGUUACAAAGAAGAUAUACAGUUGAUGAAAAAGAUGAACACUGAUGGGUUUAGAUUCUCCAUUGCAUGGCCAAGAAUAUUUCCCCAUGGGAGGAUGGAGAAAGGAGUGAGCAAAGCUGGGAUUAAAUUCUACCACGACCUCAUCGACGAGCUCCUAGCCAAUGGCCAAACGCCGUUAGUGACAGUGUUUCAUUGGGACAUCCCCCAAGAUUUGGAGGACGAGUACGGCGGCUUUUUAAGCGAGCUCGUCGUGAAGGAUUUCGUGGAAUAUGCGAAUUUUACGUUCCAUGAAUACGGAGACAAAGUGAAGAACUGGAUUACAUUCAACGAGCCGUGGGUAUUCAGCCGUGCGGGCUACGACAUCGGAAAGAAAGCACCUGGACGUUGUUCUAAGUACAUCAAAGAGGAAUGCCAAGACGGAAGAUCAGGAUACGAAGCUUACUUGGUCAGCCACAAUUUGCUUAUUGCCCAUGCAGAAGCAGUGGAUGCGUUUAGAAAGUGCGAGAAGUGCAAAGGUGGUAAAAUUGGAAUUGCGCAUUCCCCGGCUUGGUUCGAACCAGACGAUCUCAAGGGAGCACACCCUGAUGCCACCGUUGACCGAAUCCUUGACUUUAUCCUGGGAUGGCAUCUCGCUCCGACAACAUACGGAGACUACCCUCAAAGAAUGAAAGAUCUCGUCGGGUUUAGACUACCGAAAUUCACCGAAGAUCAGAAGAAGAAACUCAGAAAUUCCACCGAUUUUGUUGGAAUCAAUUACUAUACCGGUUUCUUCUCUACGGACCAUGAGAAUUAUGAUCCUGCAAAACCAAGUUGGCAGGUUGAUUAA